UUCUGUGUACAGUCACGCAAAAUUGAGCCGUUCCUGUGCGCUUGGGCCAUUCCUGCCAUGCUGAUUUGGUGUUUUGGGACUCUUGCAGCAGCACUCCUGGCGCUGCUUCGGUGAAAGUCGCGUGCGUUCGUGUGCUCGAUGCAGAUCCUGAAGAAGGAUGUAUCUUAAGAUGUUCUUGUGAUUCAGGAGUGGUCAAACCAAUUGUCAUAUUGAAAUAAUGGCCAUGUGGGAAGCGACACAAAAAGCACCAAAGGUGUCACUUUCUUUAAGGCUGGCCCAAGGGUCUAUGUCAGGCUUCAGUGAAGUGGGGCGACCAAAAGGCUACAAGUUUGACACACCCUGAGCUUUGCCAUUUCCUCUACCGUAGACUAUGAAAUCGGGCGUUGCAUGCGUGCGCAAGAUGCAACUUUGUGAUCGCGACAUGAAAUUGAGACUUAAACACUUGGUGAGAGCCCACUUUGUGAUGGUACUAGUCUUGGGUAUCUUCUAGUUGUGUUUUUGUUAUCUCAAAUCAGUCGUGACAAGCCCGAGAAUGAAGCGACACGAUGCUAAACGCGUCGCGUUCUUUGAAAGCGCUUAGGCCCGGCCCUACUUAGUCGAAUAAGUUGGAUCCCUGUCCCUGUGAGUCCAAUUAUUGUGGGCCAAAUGCUAGAAGCCUUGGUUGGUCCUAGGUUUACCGCCCUUUGGAUAUUUUUUGUUAAUAUGUUGGAUUGGUGUAAAUAUGUGUAAAUCCACUCCUUAUGUUCUGUUGUUGGUUUUGUUGAUGCCUUCCCUAAGGAUUUGCAUUGUGCUGGUCUGGCAACGGGGUUUGCUGCCCUUGUUGCAAGUACCCAGCGUUGUUUUGCAGAGACCCUUGUUCGAAGUCCUGCGGGAUGGAGUCGAAGCCGCGAAGCAGCGGCUCUUGAGUGUCUUCAGACUUGGUAUGUUGCUCUUCCUCAACUUGGAGGAGGAGGACCAGGAUGCUUUACGACAGGGACUGAGCCCAGACUUGCAGCAGAAGCUUUUCCGAGAGCCUGUGGGUGACUUGUUGCCUACACAGGUCAGAAGACUCUUAGUGGGCCCAGGUGAUGAGAACCACUCUGGUCGCGAUCGGGCGAAGGAAGAGCCUGAGCAGCCAGAGCUGAAGAGCCAGGAGAUGAAGACGAAGGAUAUCAACGAUGACGCAGAGGAGGUUGAGACACUCCUUGCUUCCUGGACAUUGGGCGUCUAUGCCGAUCUGCUGAAGUUGGCGUGCCGUGGAGCAGCCCGAAAGGUGAAGAUCUUUUGGGCCUCGCAUGGUGCAAAGAUGAAACACUUGUUUGGAGCGAACUCCUUGAUGACCACAACCGCGGUCAGCAUUGGAUGUGGCUCUGUGGGCUGCGUCGCUGGAGGCUGUGUGGGUGGCCUGUGUGGAGUGCCUUGUGCGUUAUUCACCUUUGGACUCUCCAUACCCUUUGGAGCUUUCUUGGGCAGCUCUGUGGGUGGCUGUGGCGGCCUGGCUGCUGGAGUGCUGGUCGCAGCCUGCAAGGAUGUCAUUGCCCAUGGACCUCCAAAGCAGCGCCUGACCCCCCGAGGGCAUCGAUGAAAGCGUCAUCCCAUGCCUAGGGACAUGGGCAAGCUACUGAUUUGUACCCUUUGCCUAAGCCUAAGCAAUGUG